AUGUGGCCUGUGCCUGGGACAUCGAGGUCGAAUCGGGGUCGCAAAUCAGUCUCAGGUUCACCGACUUCCACGUUCAGCCGAGCCAAGACUGCAUUGCUGACUAUGUCGGGGUCUUUGAUGGACAGAAUUACGAAUUGCAAGUUCUGUGGAUGGCAAGCACCGACUGAGAUUCGAUCUGUUUCCAAUGUCAUGAGUAUUGUGUUGGUCUCUGAUGACAAGGUUCAUGUAGGGAGCAGAUUUGCAGCCGAAUUUGAAGCUGUCACUGACUCAAAUUCAUCUUCUUGCCCUGGACCAGAAUAUUACCAGCUGACGUCGGAAUACGAUUAUGGGUUCGUUUCGAGUCCGGGGUAUCCGUUGGGGUAUCCAAACGGAGCAGAUCCGCAGAGCUGUUCCCAGGAUUUUCGAGUCGGUGGAAGCAUUUCUGGUCUAGCCCUUGGGUUCCUACAAAUUAGGACUGCAACAGGAGAUUACGUAAAUCUCAACGUUGGAAACGGAGAUUACGUAAACCGGUACACUGGGACUCAAGAUUUCGGAACUAACAUGCCACCGUUAUUCGUCUCGGAUUCGGUAAAGGUGAAUCUAGAAAGCGAUUCAUGGACCAAUAGCGUCGGGUAUCUCGUUGCGUAUGCGUCAGAACUGAACGAAGGCGACUGGGAAACAUCUUGGGCUGAGGAGAAGGAUUUCAAGCCGACUUCUAAACCGGUCAUAAAAACCGCAUCCGAAAAGAGAGCUGUGUCUUCAAAACCGAAAGAAGUCGUGAAAAUUUCUCUCGAAGAACAGACGGUUCAAUAUUUAAACACUUCGACAGACCCUAAGAUGGUCAACCUCGUCACUGGUCGCAAUUUCGGAUUCAUCCAGUCACGUUAUCAUCCCCAAGACUACCCAAACAACGAAUAUAUUGAGUAUGAUAUCUUAGCCCCAACAGGGUCCCGAAUAGCUUUUCUUUUCUUGCGACAUACACUUGAAGACUGCUGCGACCACGUCAGGGUUUGGGAGAAUGGAAAUGUCAUGUGAGUUUAAUCCUUCGUUUCUCUCGCAUUUCAGGCAAAUAAAAGACGUUAUUCUCGACGCGCACGAAAAA